AUGAUAUUGACGACAAUCGCAAUUGUACUGCUACUGCAGCAGAUGCCACAAAUAAAGGCGGCUUACGAAAAUGAUCCUUGCGAAACAAAAAAUUCAUUAGGCGUUUGUAGAACCUGGUCAGCUUGUCCCGUCAUAAGGACACUAAUUCAACGAGGAGAGUACACAACCGAAGAGGUUGUAAGAUGUGGUUUUACAAUUCGUGAAGAAAUAAUAUGUUGUCCAUUUGGGAGAAUGGAAGAAAUGAUUAUUGAUGAAUUGUCCACAACAACAACAUCGAAAACCACCACAACAACAGAACCUCCAUUAGCAAUAGAAACUAGACCACCCCUGCUGUCCGGGAGGGAGAAUAAUAUACCUAUUUCACCAACACAACCCAUGUACCGUUCACCCCCUACAUCUAGUCCAAGGGGUUUAAACACAAAGCAAUCAGUACCAGCCAACGAAAGGCCAGCUGUUCGAGCUUGUAAGCGGAUCCUGUCUAACCUAAAACCCAGUCUAGCUGAACAUAUUCUGGACGGCAUACCUGCCGAUUUAGGACAGUUGCCACACAUGGCUGCAAUUGAUUAUAGUAGUAAAAAUAAGCGUCCUGGUUCCGUAAAUAUUCAAUGUGCCGGAACUUUAAUCGAUGAGCGUUUUGUGUUGACAGCAGCCCAUUGUGUUGCCCGAAGGGAUAUGAUUCCGAAAUUUGUCUAUUUGGGUGUGGCGAAUUUAACCGAUCCCGAGGAAAUGGAAAUGGAAAAGAGGAAAAUUAAGAACAUUUACAUUCACGAUGAUUAUUCGCUGCUUCUAGUAUAUAACGAUAUUGCCCUAUUGGAAUUGGAGGAACCGGUAACCUUUAAUGAAUACAUAUAUCCAGCUUGCCUACAUACAGAUUUAGAUGAUUUGAGUAGGAAUACAGAGGUCAUGGUAUCUGGUUGGGGCACUAUGACUGCUAGGGGAAAUGUAUUUUCCAAUAUUUUACUAAAAGUUCCGCUAACCGUUACACCCAUAAAAAAAUGUCAGCGUGAUUAUAAUAGAUAUGGGUUGGUGUGCCGACUUCAACAUGGCAUAAAAAGUACUCAGCUAUGUGCCGAAGGUCGUCGGCGUGUGAGGGAUGCUUGCAAUGGUGAUUCUGGUGGUCCUUUGGUUUCAGUUGGCGAUAAAUUACGCAAUACCUAUAAUGUAAUUGGUGUGGUCUCAGCCGGUUUUAGUUGUGGUGACAAGAGACCUGGUCUCUAUACCAGAGUGGCAGCUUAUUUGGACUAUAUCGAAAACAUUGUAUGGCCCAAGGAUGCGGAAAACUGGCAAAUGGGUUAUGUUUGA